AUGCAUUAUGGAAAGUGAGUAUCCUUUUAAAGACGUCAUUCUUAAAAACACAGGGUUAUUCAUUAAAAUGUAAAUUGGAAUUUGGUGAGUUUUGACUUAACCCCUUAAGGACACAUGACAUGUGUGACAUGUCAUGAUUCCCUUUUAUUCCAGAAGCUUGGUCCUUAAGGGGUUAAAUGAGGAGAUAUGACUGUUGUCAUUUGCAUGCUGAUUGUGGCAAACAUAUUUACUAGACUUAUGUUCGGUGAGAAAUUCGGCUCGGCCAAAUAAUUUUUUCCAAAAAUAGAUUAUUUUUUUGUCCCUGUUUUGGGUUCCUAUAUGGAAAUGGACACUUUAAGUUCACUCAGCCUUCAGUGGAUCUUUAUAUACUCUGUACUGAUGUACUGUGUUAAAGGACCACUCUAGGCACCCAGACCACUUCAGCUUAAUGAAGUGGUCUGGGUGCCAGGUCCAGCUAGGGUUAACCCUUUUUUUUAUAAACAUAGCAGUUUCAGAGAAACUGCUAUGUUUAUAAAUGGGUUAAUCCAGCCUCUAAAGGCUCUAGUGGCUGUCUCAUUGACAGCUGCUAGAGGCGCUUGCGUGAUUCUCACUGUGAAAAUCACAGUGAGAAGACGCAAGCGUCCAUAGGAAAGCAUUGUGAAUGCUUUCCUAUGAGACUGGCUGAAUGCGCGUGCAGCUCUUGCCGCGCGUGCGCAUUCAGCCGAAUGGGAGGAGAGGGGGAGGAUCGGAGGCGGAGAGCUCCCCGCCCGGUGCUGGAGAAAGGUAAGUUUUAACCCCUUCCUCACCCUAGAGCCCGGUUGGAGGGGGACCCUGAGGGUGGGGGCACCCUCAGGGCACAAUAGUGCCAGGAAAACGAGUAUGUUUUCCUGGCACUAUAGUGGUCCUUUAAGCCAGCAGUACAGAGCUUACUAUAGUGCUGACAUUUUGCACUCCUUGAUGCCUUCUUUAGGUUUGUGUCAGAUGGGUUCGUAGGAAUCUGAGUCUGGUACAGCUGCAGUGUAUAUUCCUCUUCACUACCAUGCCUUUGAAAAGAUACAUUCUGACCAUGUUGUAUCUUCCUUUCUUGUUCCACAAAGAUACACAUUCAGCAUAAACUACCAGCUGCCAACCAUCAAACCGAUACCCAACAAUUUCAUCCCAAUCGGACAGAGAUACGGGCUGAGUAACCUGGAUGUAGCCAAGAUUAACAAGCUCUAUGACUGCAGUAAGUACCUUGGCAGGACACCAGGUAAUCUGGCACACAUCAUGCCAUCUAAAUAUGCUAUACUGUGGAGUUUCAGCUUCCAUCAUUUGCUCUCAAUUCCAAUCAUGGGAAUUGUAUUGUAUCAAUCAGAGAGAGAGAGAGAGACAGUCAGUGUGUGGCUUCAUCUGUAGUUUACUGUUAGAGUAUAAAUAAAAAUGUGAUGAAUCUAUUGUCUCGUCAAAUGCCAGAGACUGAUCAUUUGACUUUGGGAACAACCCUGGUGAAUCAUGUGGUCCAAAGCUGAUGGUUUCCACCCGUAGAAUGCCCACUGGUGCUUACUGAUUCCUCUUUCCAAGCCAUGGACACGUGUUGAUUUUGUCUCUCCAGAUGUUUGCAGUUCUGUCCUAUUGGACGACAAAGGCACCUUAUUCUCACCCACCAAAGAAUCAAAUUAUUUGAACAACAACUGUUCCUGGCUUAUUCGCAUCCCAUCUGACAAGGUACUAAUGAAUUUACUAAGUUUAGCUUCUCUAUGUUCUUACCUAAGUAUUGCAAAACAAAACCCCACCAACUUGUUACCCCCUUCGUCCCCCAUUGACCUCUAAUAAUUAGGUUUUCUUUAGUUAUGAACUACAUUUAGUUUUUUUAAAUAUAGGGCUUGGAUUUGCCAGUUGGCAGGACAGACAGCUAGCUACAAUUGUCUACUUUGUUGAUGCAAAUACAUAUUUUUUUUUUGUUUGGUUUAAUAUAUUAUGAGUUUUUACUUAUAUUCCAGUUAUUCCUUAUUUAGGGCGCUAACACGUUUAAUUUUUCCAUAGAGGAUGGAAAGAAGGUCUGGCUCAUGUAGCCCUUUGGUUUUGGGGUAGAAGGGAUGUGGUUGGCACUGUAAUAAGAUGAUAUUUACAGCAUAGCUAAAUAUCUUCCUGACAGGUGCUAUUACAGUUUGAAGCAUUUGAUGUUCAGGUCUCCAAAGGUUGCACUGCAAAUUAUAUAAGAGUUUACGACGGACCCGGCAGGAAUUCUGCUUUGUUACUGGAUCGAUUCUGUGAAACAGGGCAGCUGCCAUUGGUGGUUUCCUCUAUGAAUACAAUGUUGGUUGAGUUCAUUACUGAUAAUUCUGUGAGUGCAGCUGGCUUCCGAGCCUCUUAUACAACAGGUAUGUAUGUACAGUGCAUGGGAAGGGUUUAUUAAUGACCUUUUGUGGAUCCUUUCAAACUGUGUGUAAACUAGCCAGUAGAAUUCACAGUGGCCCUUUGGAACCUCACCCAAUGGCAAGGUUCCAGUGUUCCAGUGAAAUCAAUGCACACUUAAACCUGCUCAUUUUGCAAAGUGUUUAAAAAUCAUCUAAACUUGGCCUUAAAGGGACACUGUAGGCACCCAGACCACUUCAGCUAAUUGAAGUAGUCUGGGUGCUGUGAGCCUUUUGCACUUAGUACUACAAUGUAAAACAUUGUGGUUUCAGAGAAUUGAGUAAUGCUUUCCUAUGGGGAGGGCUAAUGCACACAUAUGCAUUAGGUCUCCCCCGCCAGCUGACAUGGGGGGGGAGGGGAGGAGCGUGGGUGGAGCCUGGAUUCAGGGAAGUGGCUCCACAUUUGAAACUUUGCCUCAUAAUUUCUCUCGAAUAAUAACUCCUGUUUAUUCCCCCUCCCCCCAAAAAAACAACAGAGAGUCUUCAUUUUGAGAUGAAUUUACAAACACAUAGAGAUUGUUUGUUAGAAAUUUACCAUUUGCUUUGUUUUAUAUUGAAUUUCAGACAAAUUUAACCUAUUCAGCAAUUUGGAAGUGAACAAAUUUCCAAAUUGGCAAAAAACAAGAGCAAAAUGAACCAUAAUUAAUCAAAUUAAUUUUAUUUAAGUUCAUAGGUUCAUUCAUUUUAAGAAGGAGAUAAAAUUGGGGAGUUAUCUACCAAUGAACUGAAAGAGCAAAAUUAUAAAAAUGUUUUUUGUGACUUUGUGACUGCCACCUUCAUUCAUAAGGAAAACUGGGCGUCCGAAUUUCAGAAAUGACCAAUAUUUUUCAGACAAGUUUUGGUUCGCCUGAAUUGAUAUUUUCUGAAUUUCGGACAACCCAUAAUUUGAAAAUUAACAAAUCAAAAGGCAACAAAUGUAUCUCCUGUGCACAUCUAUAUAGUCUAUAUGGACUUAGUAAUAUUUUUCAAUAUUAAUAUUUAGGGGCUUUGUUCAAUAACGUGAGGUGAUGCUGUUGUUUUCUAAUGUCAAUUUCUUUGUUGUUUUGAAACAGUUAAAUGUGGAGGCACAUUCAUUACACCCAGCGGAAAUGUCUCUACCCCAGGCUUCGGAAACAGCAAGCUGUAUCAACCAUUCAGUAACUGCACCUGGAGUAUUAUAGCCCCAGCAGGAAAUCAG